AUGACGGAUUUUUUUAAUUUACAUGAGGAGCUUUUGAAGCUACAAGAUCCAAACUAUUUUUUUCAAAACGAAGUAUCUAUAAAAGAUUUGAAUGCACAAGAGCUUGAUAGAAUGUUGAACGAUACUAUUGACAAAAUAAGCGAAAGUUCUUCGUCAAUAAUAAAUGCUGAAUUAUUCGAUACUAUGCGUAGUUUUGUAAAAAAUUUUAAUGAAUUGAAAUCAGCCACGAUGAAUCGUGUUCUUGAUAUCAUUCUGACCGGCAUUCAAGCCGAAUGUGAGAACACGUCAAGUGACUUGGACGCAGAUGACGAAGAAACUUAUAGCGAACAUCGAACUGCGUUGGAAAUGUAUGGAUUUUUGUUAGUAUGGUUGAUUUCCAACGCGGAAAACAAAGCUGACUCUAAGAGUAUUGCAAGUGGAACGAUGGCAAUGGCUGGUGGAAAGACAAAGCGACAGAGACAAACAAAACCAAAAUCAUCAACUCCUUCAGCGGUCAGUUUGUCAGAUGAGUGGGAUUGGUCAGCUCAGAAGCCAGUCACAUUGAGAUUGAUGGUAAAAGUGCUGGAACUUAAAAUUAAAAACAUUUGGACUUCGACGCACGAAAGGGAUACUUUUGUUAGUUUAUUUACUAAAUCAGCAUAUCGGAUCUUAGAAAAUGUAACUAAUACGAAAGAUUCUGCAAUAAAAAAAAUUGUAUAUCAAAUUCUCUCGGUUUGCGUAAAAGAGCAUAAUCAUGCAUUUGGUGCCCAAACUUCCAUAAUGCAAAAUUUGCAAUACUAUGAGCAUCUUGCAGAACCAAUGGCUGAAUUUCUUGAUGUUCUUGCAGAAAACUACAAUCACACGCGACUGACAGAAGAAAUUUUGAUAGAAAUAAGCAAUAAAGAAUUCGGAAGUCAAGAUACAAUAGGUCCAAAAUCUUUUUCAAAAUUUCUCGUUAAGCUGUCAGAGUUGGUUCCUAAAGUGGUUGCGAAACAGAUUGGACUAUUGGUUAAACUUUUAGACAACGAAUCUUACACAAUGCGGAUGGGAUUGAUAGAAGUUCUUGGAAAUCUUAUAAUUGAUUUUGCAAGCCAAGAGGAACAAGCAACGAAUUACAUCUCACAAAUAAAUGGAUUUUUCGAUGCUAUGGAUGAGCGGUUCCUUGAUGCGAAUUCCUUUUGUCGUUCAAAAUUAUUACAAGUUUAUCUAAGAUUAGUCGAGUUGAAAGCUAAGUUUCCAAAACGUAGACAAAAACUCACCGGUCUAGUUAUCCGAUCUUUGGAGGAUAAGAGUUGUCAUGUUCGGAAAAAUGCCAUCAAACUAUUGACUAGAUUGAUUGCUACACAUCCAUAUGGCGUAAUUCAUGGAGGAGAACUUUCAGUUAAAGAAUGGGAGGAUAGGUUAGAAAAAAUAGAAAAUGAAUUAAAGGCUAUUCAACCUCCACAAGAAUUUACAGAAGUGGGGGCGGAGUCUUCUACUUCAUUACUAAGCGAUGAUGAUAAUCAAAGCGAAGAUAUGGAUGUUGACAUGCCUGAUUUACCAAACCAACAGAACACAUCCGCUGAUGAAAUAAUGAGGCUUCAACUUACAAGACGCUACUAUUCGGAUGCUGUUCGUUUCAUACACCAAGUGCAUACUGCUAUUCCAACUCUUUGUCAACUUCUUGGAUCUACAACAAAAUCGGAAGUACUUGAGGCAAUGGAAUUUUUUGUCACCGCAUACACUUACAAGAUGGAAUUUGCAGUAGAUGGGAUUAAGAGAAUGCUUCAUCUGAUUUGGAUAAAAGAUAAUAAUGAUGAAGAAAAGGGUAUUCGGAAACGUUUAAUUGAAAGCUACUACAAAUUAUAUAUUGAAACAGAUAUUUCGCUUUCUGAUAAAGAAGCAGUUAAUACGGUAACCAGGAAUUUAAUAAGUUUGACUUAUAAUGCCACGCUUGCAGAAUUAACAUCACUUGAACAACUUAUGAGCACAAUGAUGGCCGAAGAGCUUAUAAGUAAUGAUGUUAUAACUAAACUAUGGUCGGUCUAUUCUAUUUCGACAAAACAAAUUCCUAAAGUGCAGCGUCGUGGCGCAAUUAUUAUACUUGGGAUGCUUGCGAAAGCAAAAAUGGAAAUAGUUCAGGAAAAAACAGAACUGUUAUUAAAAAUUGGUCUUGGUCCUUUUGGUAAAGCUGAUUUAUUAUUGGCAAAAUAUACUUGUAUCGCAUUACAACGAUUAGGUGGUAAUAGAGCUAGGGUAAAAGGUUCAUUGGGCAAUGACUCUAUUCGAUUACCUAUGUCUCACCCAAUUUUUCAUAGAUUAAAACAGAUGAUCGAAUUUCAAACAUCGUCACAAGAAUGGUUCGCUGUUGCUGAGCAGGUGAUCAAUGCUAUAUACUUACUUGGGGAACAUCCAGACAUUUUAUGCGGUGAAAUUAUUAUACAUAAAACCGCAUCUGUUUUCGACUUGAAAAUUCCCAAAGCAGAUGAUAUGGACAUUGACGGGGAUAAUUUUCUGCCAGACCAAGAACAGUUUACGGCACACCCCCUUCAAUUAAGUCAACUGAUAUUUAUAGUUGGACAUGUUGCCAUCAAGCACAUUGUUCAUUUAGAAUUUAUUGAAGAUGAGUGGAAACGACGGAAAGCUGAAGCAGAAUCGAAAGAUACUGAAAAAUCAACAAAAAAUCCCGGAGAUGAUGAGUUAGAACAAGUGGCCGGUACAACAGAAGAUGAAUUUGGAGAAGCUGUUGCCCAUAUUCGCGAAAAAGAGUUAUUGUUUGGUGAAAAUUCAUUGUUGGCAGUCUUUGGAGAUAUGACUGUUUGUUUCAACAACAUAAUUGACGAAAAUAUCAACUAUUUAUACAAGCGUCUCGCAGACUCCGAUAAUUUAGUUAAGAAGAACACGUUAAUGGUUCUAACUCAUUUGAUUCUUAAUGGAAUGAUUAAGGUUAAAGGUCAACUAGGUGAGAUGGCCAAAUGUUUAGAGGAUGAGGAUCAGAGGAUAAGUGACCUUGCUAGACUAUUUUUCACUGAGCUUGCGUCAAAAGAUAAUGCAGUAUACAAUAAUUUACCAGAUAUUAUUAGCAAUCUCUCAAGUGGAGAUAACCCUGUAAAUGAAGAAUCAUUUAAGAAGAUUAUGAAAUUUUUGUUUGAUUUUAUUGAAAAGGAUAAACAUACUGAAAAUGUCGUAGAAAAAUUAUGUCAAAGGUUCAAAAACCUUGAUGAUCGGUGUCAGUGGCGCAAUAUUGCAUAUUGUUUAUCAUUGCUACCUUACAAGAAUGAAAGAAUUGUAAAGAAGCUGCUCGAAGGAAUGACACAUUAUCAAGAUAAAUUGCACGAGAAUGAUGUUCAUAAAGCUUUUACGGAUAUUAUAUCCAAAGCAAGGUCAAUAAAACCACAAAAACCUGAGAUGAAACAACUGAUUGAUGAAUAUGAGUCAAAAAUUGAAGAAUUUAGGCAGAGGAGCCAAGAAUAA